GGGAACAAGGGGGGCAAAAAAAGCAAGUACUUCACCAUCUUUACUAAUACAGCAAACUGAAAAGGCACUUCUUGUAUAUUAUUCCUCUGCUUCCAUUGUUCUUCAGUGAUCAAUCAAACUUUUUUUUUAACAAAAAAAAAAAAAAAAGGAUUGUUACUGAAGAAAGAAAAAAGAGAAAAAAUGUCUUUAGGUUAUGCAGAAAAAUUAUCUUUUAUAGAUGAUGUUGGCAAUGUUGGAAUGACUGAAUAUUUCGACUCACCUAUCGUUUUGCAAGAAAAAAUUGAGAGACUUGCCGUGAUGAUACAAAAGAGUAAGCAUUUAGUGGUGUUUACAGGAGCAGGAAUAUCCACUUCUUGUGGUAUACCUGAUUUUCGUGGUCCCAAGGGCAUUUGGACUCUUCAGAGAGAAGGGAAAGCGCUACCAGAAGCAUCAUUGCCAUUUCACCGUGCAACGCCAAGCAUGACACACAUGGCCCUAGUGGAACUAGAGAAGGCGGGUUUUCUAAAGUUUCUUAUAAGUCAGAACAUUGAUGGCCUCCAUCUUCGCUCUGGAAUUCCAAGGGAGAAGCUUGCUGAAUUACAUGGGGAUUCUUUUAUGGAACGAUGCCCUUCUUGUGGAAUUGAGUAUAUGAGGGAUUUUGAAAUAGAAACUAUUGGGUUGAAGGAAACUGCACGGCGUUGUUCCAAGGUGGGCUGUGGUGCAAGACUUAAAGACACAGUUCUUGACUGGGAGGAUGCUCUACCUCCAAAGGAGAUGAAUCCAGCUGAGAGGCACUGCAAAAUGGCUGAUGUUGUGUUAUGUCUAGGGACAAGUUUGCAGAUCACCCCUGCCUGUAAUUUGCCUCUAAAAUCACUCAAAGGUGGUGGAAAGGUUGUAAUAGUAAAUCUUCAGAAAACACCCAAGGACAAGAAAGCAAGCUUGCUGAUUCAUGGCCUUGUAGACAAGGUAAUUGCAGGAGUCAUGGAAUUCCUCAGUCUGCGAAUCCCGCCAUUUAUUAGAAUUGAUCUUUUCCAGACCAUUUUUACUCAGGCCUUAAGUCUUGAUAAAAAAUAUUUAAAUUGGACCCUAACGGUGACAAGUGUUCAUGGAAAUAGGGCACCGUUGCCUUUUAUCAAAUCUGUAGAGGUUUCUUUUUCAGAAUGUCAAAACAUGAAAGCAACUGUUCUGGAUAAGCAACCUCUUCAGCUAAAAAGGCGGACAGUUAAGACUGCAGAUCCUUUUAAUGUUAUGAUGAAAUUGAACUUCAGUGAUGGUUGCAAGUGUUCAUCGGCUGAAAUCAAGAUUCCUAUUGAUUUUAAGAUUUCAGCACACGUGUUCAACGAUGAUAAGGAUUCCAUAUUACAAGAUCUAAGAGAAAGCGCCAUCGUGGAUCCUAGCUGUGGACAGACGGCAGUUAUUGAGAAAAAGGUCAUUAUGGUUCCUAAAAGUGAGAUCAUGGUUCAUGCCGUCGUAACAAACAUCGUCAAGUUUGAAACAACUUGUGGGGAUUUAAAUAAUGGCGCAUUGAAACGGAAAUAUGAAGGUUUUAACGGCAUCAUUCCAUCUCGAAAGCGAUCCAACGGCAGGAGACCCAGAGUUGUAAAUGGAAGGUGACCUCAGGGGCUAUACAACUACUGUAAAUAUUCGUGUAGUAGUAUUCUCAGAAAAAUGUGUUAAUAUGUGGAGACUGGGUGAAUUUUGAUAGUUAAUACACUCGGUCUUGCUCAUGAUAGAAAUCUAAAAUUUUACCCAUUUUUUUUAUUAGGCCUAAAAUUUAACUCUCAUUUCUUUUUCUAAUCCAUUCUUGAAAUUCGUAUAAAGGGUGUAUUGUUGCUGAUCU